UGCAAGCUUUGGCUCUGCAGCUGCAGAGAGCUGGUCCUGCAUACGCGCCGCACCGCUGCAGCUACGAGCUGCCGAGUUGGGAACGUCGUAAGGACUCGAAACACAGCUCCUGGACUGAAGAGUAAGCGCAGCGCCGGCACAGGGACGGAGCGCCAGCAGUGCCACCCAGGCUUGCAACCUAGCCCUCACGCCGCCUACGCGACAUCGCCGCACAUAGCACGCCCGCAAGGAUGCGACCCGCCGUCACCGCACUGCUAUGCUGCGGCGCCGCCCUCGUCUGCGACGGCUUUACCGUCAGACGAACGAUGACCAUGAAGCGGCGGCUCCUCAGCGAGGGCAAGAAGAAGAAGAAUAAAGCGAGGAAGGUCACAUUAACAAAAGUCCCCGGCAUCACGCCGCCGGAGAACGGCAAGCUCAAGGGCUGGUCGCUGGAAAUGGGCGAAGCUGGCACCGUGCAAUUUUGCGCCGCGACGCUCAACGAGCGCUUGUUCGUGCUGGAGCGGGACUGCGGGUGCUGCGGCUGGGAGCUCGACAAGGGCGACCUUCGCGGAAGCGCGGCGGCUGAUCCCGCGGUGGCCUGUUGUUUGUGCGGCCAGACGUACAAUCUUGUAAGUGGCGAGCCGGGAGGAGUUGUGGAAAGAAAGGGAGUGAGCGGCUGGGUCGGUGGGUUGGCGCGGGGCGCGCCGACCACGAAUAAAGCAAGAACGCAGUUCGCGGUGCGCGCGGACGUCAAGGACGGCGACGUGUAUUUGGAUCUUGGGUCACCCGUCUUUGCAAAGGCGACGAAGCCGUCGUCGUCGUCGCUGAUGCAGGGGGACUAAUUGAGUAGAAUGUGA